CGCGGGGGAAGUGGCCCGCCCUCCCGCCUCCCCUCCCUGCAGGUCGGAGCCGGGACGCGGCGGCCCGGGACGCAGGGAGGGGGCCCGCGUCGAGAAUGAGGGAGUGGCCGCGCCGCCUUCGAGAGUCAUUGGAGGACGCGGCCGCCCGAAGCUGAUAAAUAAGGGGCCGGGCCGCGGCUGCCGGCCAAGCUGGACGCCCCGACCGGUGCGAGGGCCAGGUCAGCGCCGGCCCGUCGACGCGAAGCGAGGCGACCCCCGCGCGGCCAUGGCGUCGCUGCUGGGAGCUUACCCGUGGCCCGAGGGGCUCGAGUGCCCGGCCCUGGAAGCCGAGCUGUCGGACGGGCUAUCGCCGCCGGCCGCCCCCCGCCCGCCGGGGGACAAGGGCUCGGAGAGCCGUAUCCGGCGGCCCAUGAACGCCUUCAUGGUGUGGGCCAAGGACGAGAGGAAACGUCUGGCGGUGCAGAACCCGGACCUGCACAACGCGGAGCUCAGCAAGAUGCUGGGAAAGUCGUGGAAGGCGCUGACACUGUCCCAGAAGAGGCCCUACGUGGAUGAGGCGGAGCGGCUGCGCCUGCAGCACAUGCAGGACUAUCCCAACUACAAGUACCGGCCGCGCAGGAAGAAGCAGGCCAAGCGCCUGUGCAAGCGCGUGGACCCCGGCUUCCUGCUCAGCUCGCUCUCCCGCGACCAGAACGCCCUGCCCGAGAAGCGGGGCGGCGGCCGGGGGGCGCCGGGGGAGAAGGAGGACAGGGGUGAGUACUCCCCGGGCUCCGCGCUGCCCGGCCUGCGGGGCUGCUUCCACGAGGGCCCGGCCGGCGGUGGCGGCGGCGGCGGCGGCGGCACCCCGGGCAGCGUGGACGCCUAUCCCUACGGGCUGCCCACCCCGCCGGAGAUGUCGCCCCUGGACGUGCUAGAGCCGGAGCAGAGCUUCUUCUCCUCCCCGUGCCAGGAGGAGCAUGCGCAUUCCCGCCGCAUCCCCCAUCUGCCCGGGCCCCCCUACUCUCCGGAGUACGCCCCCAGCCCUCUCCACUGCGGCCAUCCCCUGGGCUCCCUGGCCCUCGGCCAGUCCUCGGGCGUCUCUAUGAUGUCCACCGUGCCCGGCUGCCCCCCGUCUCCUGCCUAUUACUCCCCAGCCGCCUACCCUCCUCUCCACUCCAACCUCCACGCCCACCUGGGCCAGCUCUCCCCGCCUCCCGAGCACCCCGGCUUCGACGCCCUGGAUCAGCUGAGCCAGGUGGAACUCCUGGGGGACAUGGAUCGCAAUGAGUUCGACCAGUACUUGAACACUCCUGGCCACCCAGACUCUGCCGCCGGGGCCGGGGCCCUCAGCGGGCAGGGCCCGGUCUCGCAGGUGACACCGACGGGCCCCACGGAGACCAGCCUCAUCUCCGUGCUGGCUGAUGCCACGGCCACGUAUUACAACAGCUACAGCGUGUCAUAGAGCCCGGGGCAGCCCGGCCGGCCCGGCCUGGUCGCAGCCUCUCCUUCCCGCGCGGAGCGGAGCUGAUGCGCAGCGCCCCGGGGUGGGCAGGUCUGUGCUGCGGACCGGCUCUGCGGAUCCAGGGCCCCUCCGCCCGCCCCCUUCC